CUCGAUUCAGCUGUAUUAGUGAAGGCUCUGAACAACGGUCUGUAUCAAUCUAAACUUGAGCAAUACUUCCAUUCUCUCUCCCUACCGCGCCGUCGCGGUCGAAACUUUUUAGAUCUGCCAUACAAUAUCCGAUGCCGGAUUUACCGCCUCGCGGGCGUAGUUCGCAAAUGCCCCAUCUACUUGUAUUGUGAUCCACGAGUGUGUCUCUAUGAUCUUGAUUAUGAUAAAAACCCUAUCGGCUGCUUUACAGCUGGUGCUUCUGAUCUUGAUCGUGAUUGCCAUGAAGAUAUGAAUUCCGGUUUUUAUCGACCGAUUUCAGACUCUCUUUUCUGCUGUGGCCGAGAUGUCUCCCUGGAGGUCUCAGCGCUCUUCUACGGCGAGAAUUGAUUUUACAUUCUAUAUACGGAUCUAGGAAGCUUUUGAUGCAAUAUUGAAGCUGCGUCCGACAACUCUUGCUAUGAUAUGUUACCUGUAUGUUGUGCUGCACCAGGCCAGCAAAGACUCAAGGCUUAGUGAUUGCAUUUGUGAUGUUCGCAACAAACAACAGUGUCCCUUGCGGUACACGCCUCCUCGGCAUUAUCGAGACCUGAUCAAUGGAUGGGAAGCUGUCUACAUGCGACUCGCUGAGUCUAUCGCUCUCAUCUUGAGAUGUAUCUUAUCUGCGACACCGAUAGCACGAAGGUGGCAGCCUUCUCGGUGCGGUUUGCUCUACCGCGGAGAACCUGGUGUAUUCUCAUGGACAGAAGUCUCUACGUCGAUCUCUACCACAUGGCAAGUGAUAUGUCUAUGCAGAUACCAGGGCGCAUGGGUAACACUCACCGACAAGUCUUCCGGUACGACCUCCUGUGCUGUCUCCCAAUGCUUCCCAAGGGCGGAACGUGGGCGUCACAAUGUAAUAAGUGCUGGAAGCUUCCCGUGAUCCUUCGAGAGGACUGUAUGAGUACGAAUACAUGACAUAUAUUAGCGAGGAGGAGAAAGACCAAGCUUGUUAGCAAGUAUAUGCACCGCCUGUGGUAGUAUGUGGAUUGCUGAAUACUAUGGUAAACAGGCCACAUAUUAAAG